AUGUCUAACCCACAGGACACUUUUCAUCCAUAUCCGACUCCUCCACGCUCUCCUCCGCAUGGCUAUCUCGAUGCCGGGAACGAUUCACCCAUUAGCGUGGUCGCUUCGUCCCGAGUCAUAAGGUCAGGGCAGCUCUCCCCUGCCACUAUUGUUAUAUCCAAUGCGACUGGAAAGAUCACCGCAACAUUCGAUUCGGUGGUCCCUACAUCAGAGUUUCCUCCAAACACUCCGUACACAGACUACUCUCCACACAUAUUACUACCAGGUCUUGUAGAUGCCCAUGUGCACCUGAACGAGCCAGGCAGAACGGAAUGGGAAGGUUUCUACACCGGCACGCAGGCUGCGGCCUUUGGUGGAGUGACCACAGUUGUGGACAUGCCUUUGAACGCGAUACCGCCGACUACCACUGUGGCAGGACUGCAAGAGAAGGUCAAGGCUGCACAAGGACAAUGUUGGGUUGAUGUUGGGUUUUACGGAGGUAUCAUCCCUGGCAACCAGGGCGAACUCAAGGCCCUUGUCAGAGAAGGUGUUCGAGGCUUCAAGGGAUUCCUGAUUGACAGUGGUGUUGAAGAAUUCCCAGCCGUCUCCUCAUCAGAUAUCGAGAAGGUCUUCGCAGAGCUCGCAGAUGAGCCCACAACAGUCAUGUUCCAUGCCGAGAUGAUACCACCUAUUGCCGACUCUGUGGGUGACGACGUUCAGACAUCUCUCCCUCCUUUAGCGCCUCAUGGACCUUUGAACGCGUACAGCACGUUCCUCGAGUCGAGACCGCCGGCUUUUGAGACUUAUGCCGUCGAGGAAAUUUUGUCCUUGGCACAUUUGGCUCCCAACCUACCCUUACAUAUUGUCCACUUGUCGGCUAUGGAAUCUAUUCCUUUGUUGAGAAAAGCCCGUGCGCAAGGGAUCAACAUUACAGCAGAGACCUGUCCGCACUAUUUGUCACUGGCUGCUGAGCAAGUGGCCUUGGGAGAUACACGACACAAGUGUUGUCCGCCUAUUCGCACGCAGUCAAACCAGGAUAGGCUCUGGGAAGAGCUACGGCAACACCUCGACGAAGGCGUGAUCAAGACGGUGGUCUCAGAUCAUUCACCAUGCACGCCAGAUCUCAAGCUCCUUCCUUCUCACGUACCUGGGCACGUUAGCCUGCCGAAAGGUACCGCAAGUGCGUUGCCAUUGGAUUCGGAAUCGGGCGACUUCUUCUCCGCAUGGGGCGGUAUUUCCUCCGUUGGUCUAGGUCUUCCCAUCUUAUGGACUGAAAUGACAAGGAGAGGUCUGACCUCCCCCGAAUCGGCCAUUACCGAUGUCGUCAAGUGGUGCUGCAUCAACACCGCCGCUCAGGUGGGCUUGGAGAAACAAAAGGGCGAUUUGGCUGUUGGGUUCGACGCUGAUAUCUGUGUUUUUGACGAUACUGCGGAGUGGGUGGUAGAGCCCAGCACCAUGCUGUUUAGGAACAAGUGCAGCCCAUAUCAAGGCAAGACGAUGACCGGGCAGGUCAAGCAAACUUUACUCCGUGGUCAGCAAGUGUUCGUUCGAGGAGGCCCCAACAAUGGCUUCAUCGGCAAAGGGUGCUCUGGGCAGUUAUUGAUGGAGCCAAGACUCAAAGAGCUGAAGAGAGUAAAAAGCUGGUUCAAGAGAUGGAUCUACGACUACGAACGAUGAUGUAGCAGCCUUGUUGACUUUGUUAUCUAAAGCGAGCAUAGAUGGGCGCAAAGGUUUGCUUCUCCUCAAAAUUGACCAUCAAGGCUGGUUUAUUGAGAUUUGAAAUGAUCAUGUUCUUACAAACU